CCAAAUAGUAAACAUGAAGUCUGAAAUCUCGUGGUUCCCGAGAAAAGUGGUUUUGGCUUAUAGCAUGACGAGGAUAUGAGGAAGAGUUUGAAACAUGAGAGAACAUAUCUUUGCGUACGUGACAAUGGCAAACAUCAAACUAUUUGACGCAGACGAUCAACGCUAUCGGAUCACCCCUUCCCAACAGAUGCUAUGUUCUUGUCUCGGUGCCCUUACAACAUCCACGCUUGUAACUCCACUGGAUGUCGUAAAAAUUCGACUACAAGCACAAUAUAGAACACUAACACCAAAGCGAUGCUUUAUCUAUUGCAAUGGCUUAAUGGACCAUUGUAUAAUUUGUGUUAAUAGUCAAAAUAAAGCAUUAAAUAGUUCUAUAUCAAAAGAACAAUGGUACAGACGACCUGGACAAUUCACAGGAACAUUGGAUGCAUUUGUAAAAAUUGUUAAAACAGAAGGUGUUUUUUCUCUAUGGAGUGGCCUUUCACCAACUUUAGUUCUUGCAUUACCUGCUACUGUGGUAUAUUUCACUGCUUAUGAGCAAUUAAGAUGUUUUAUGAAAGACCGUCAAGAGGUAGAAAAAAGUGUGUUCUACCAACAACCAGUAUGGUUAACAUCUUUAAUGGCUGGUGGUAUUGCAAGGAUAUGGGCAGUUACUUUAGUCAGUCCAUUAGAAUUAAUUCGAACUAAAAUGCAGUCAAAAAAGCUCAGCUAUCAAGAGAUUGGUGUUGCGGUUCGUGAUUUAGUGAAAAGCCGGGGCCUCCAAGGAUUAUGGCAAGGCUUGCCUCCAUCCUUGAUGAGAGAUGUUCCUUUUUCUGCUUUGUAUUGGGCUUCUUACGAGACGUAUAAAAAGUCCUUCACUUCUUCAGAUAUAACGAUAUUCCAGAGCUUUAUUGGAGGAGCAUUUUCUGGAAUGCUUGCUGCUGUUGUUACCCUCCCCUUCGAUGUUGUGAAAACAUUGAGGCAGCUCGAGUUUGGAGAAAGCUUAGGUUCAGAUGAAUCAUUAAGGAAAGUCAGUACAACCAAACAGUUGUUUCAAAGGAUUUAUCGGCAGAAAGGAAUAAGAGGACUUUUUGUGGGAUUAGUUCCACGAGUAGCUAAAAUAGCACCGGCUUGCGCAAUCAUGAUAUCUUCAUUCGAAUACGGAAAAUAUUAUUUCACCCGUCGAAACAAACAAAUGUUAGAAGAAACUUUACGUGACUGAAAAAAUGUUAUUUCGACAUCUUAGUGACAAGAAAGUUAAUAAAAUUAAUUGUUUUAAUAAAAGUAGAAGUUCCA